AAACAUGCUUCUCUUUCUCUUUCUUCACGUUUACUUCUUGAAUCUUGAAAUUCUGUUUCAGUCUCGCAAGAGAUGAUUCCCCGAACAGACGGAAUCCAACCACUACCAUUUCUGACAAAGCUUGUCUCAUCUCAAGUCUCUGGUGCAUAUUAGUUUUACAGAGGAAAAAGAUGAGACACGGAUCGUGUACAUUUUAAACCAUUUAUACGUGUUCCCGUCUUACAAAAUUCCUAAAUUUGGUCCAUUUGUUCUCGUUUGAAAGGAUUGAUUCAAGUUUCAACGUCAUAAUGCCUUUCAGUUACAAAAAUAGUGCUACCACAACAUUUUUAGACUGACCAGUAGUGACUCGGUUUCAGUGCAAUAAAUACAUCGGGAUUACUACAGAGUUGUGAAAAAGAAAGGAAAAAGUGUUAAACAUGAUAGAAUUGCCAGUUUAUUUAUCGUCGCGAGUAAACUAUUUGUGUUACCUUGAUCUUCAUUGAUAAAACCAUUCUAAAAAUGCUACAAUGAAGUAGAUUGACUUUUUAUUGCGUUCGAGUUAAAGUUAUUAAAUGAGACUUUUAAGCAAGGCUGAUAUUCCAGCGAUGGAGAUUUAUAUUACGAGGUUGAGGUGGAGAAGUACACAGAGAAUUACCUGGUCAAUACUAUUAGUAUUUUUCUUUACUAGCAACUUCCUAUGUAGACAAGUCAACGCUCAAACAACUGAAGAUAACGUAUAUGGAUAUGAAGACUCAGAUUUAGAUGAAUUUGAUAGUGUACGUCUAGUUUACAACGAGAAUGAAGAUUACAAUGGAAUAGUGGAUGCAAAUGGACCAUGUGCAGACUACAAACCAGGAGAAGAUGAUUUGGAAGCUUUUGAUUUUAUUCGAAAAUUUAGACUGGACAUUUUGGAGGGCCAACUAACUGCGGUCACCAGAGUUCGAGGGUCGGACAGGUUGCAGACGGCAUAUCGUUUAGAGAGACAAGUAGAUUUGACAAUGGAUACAAGAGACAUAUUUCCUGGUGGAUUACCAGAACAGUUUAGCUUCAUUGUGACUUGGAGAACAAGGAAGCCACCAAAAUCACCUUGGCAUCUUGUGCACAUGACAAAUGCACAAAACCGAUCUCAAUUUGCCAUCACUCUCAAUCCAAAGAAUGAAAUGGUUGAAUUUUCUAUAUUGGACUACGAAGGAAAGUUGCAGACGCUAUCGUUCAAGAAUGUCGAGGUCUUUGAUAAAAAUUGGCACAAGUUGCAUUUUGGAGUAUUUCGUCAGCGCGUCCUACUCUACGCAGAUUGUGAAGAAGUCGGAAGUCAACUUUUAGAACUUCGUGGCAGAAUGGAUGUGAAUGGGAAAAUAUCCAUUGCUAAAAUGGCAGGAUCAAGUGCCACAGUUCCGAUUGAUCUUCAAUGGAUGGUGCUCAACUGCGAUCCAACACGACCGGAAAGAGAAACAUGCAAUGAACUUCCGCUAAAGGAAAAGAAAGAACCAGAGAAACCUGCUUGUGAAACAAUUUGUCCGCAAGGAGCACCGGGUUGGAAUGGCACUGAUGGACUGGAUGGCUUGCCUGGCCCAAGGGGAGAAAGAGGAUCACAAGGCGCUCCUGGUUACCCAGGUCCAAGAGGAGAGUUGGGCGAGAGAGGCUUACCUGGUAUACCCGGCUCACAAGGACCGCAAGGACCCCAAGGAUUACGAGGACUUCCUGGGCUGCAGGGAGCAACUGGAGGCGUGGGAGGGAGGGGAUCUGACGGCUUUCCAGGCACAAAGGGAGAAAGGGGGGACAUUGGCGACCGAGGAGAAAAAGGCGAAAGAGGUGUUCCAGGAGGCACGGGGUUGCCAGGACCAAUUGGUUUGCAAGGUCCACCGGGGGACAUAGCACGAUUAUUAGGACCCUCUGGGCCAAAGGGUGAUCGAGGAGAUACUGGACUACCCGGACUUCCAGGAAACGAUGGGCGUGAUGGUAGACAUGGCGCUACAGGGGAAGUUGGACCGAUUGGACCGCCCGGAGUGAAUGGAUUAGCGGGUCUAAGGGGUUUUAAGGGAGAAUCUGGUAACCCUGGAGUUAUCGGACCAAGAGGAGUGCCCGGAAAUCCCGGUCCACCCGGAGCCCCAGGACAAUUCGUUGGUGAUUCGAGGCCUGGACGGCCAAUAAUCGGGCCCCCGGGACCCCCUGGUAUAAGCGGUGACAAUGGAAUUCAAGGUCAAAAAGGGUCUCGAGGUGAAAAAGGAGACCAAGGAGUCAUUGGUGAACAAGGAAAUCCAGGAGUCAAAGGCGAAAAGGGGGCUGCUGGAAUUCCAGGAAUCGAUGGCGCAAGGGGUGAACCCGGAAGGGAGGGUUUGCAAGGUCUUUCAGGUCAAAAGGGUGAAACGGGUCAAUUUGGACAAACUGGAUUAAGAGGUGCCCCCGGCUUAAUUGGAUUACCAGGCGCAAUUGGUCCACCAGGAAUUCAGGGGCCUUCUGGACUUAAAGGCGAAAGGGGACGCGACGGCGAAAUUGGUCCCCCAGGAGUCGCUGCUGCGAGGGGAUCUGCCGGUGCUCCUGGGCCACCAGGCCCUGCUGGUCCCCCCGGAGAGGAUGGCUUACGUGGAGAGAAAGGUGAUUCUGGUGGCGUGGGACAGAGAGGGGAGCAUGGUCCCCCAGGUCCACCAGGCUUAGAGGGAAAAGUGGGACCGGAAGGAGAAAAGGGACCCCGAGGAGAGAAGGGAGAUACAGGUCCGCGUGGAGCUGAAGGACCGCAGGGGGCCAAUGGCAAAGCUGGCGUCCCUGGAUUCGUCGGUAAACAGGGUCAGAAAGGUGAUAGAGGCGACACUGGAUUUCCUGGAGCCGUUGGACCUCCUGGUCACCAGGGAAUGAUGGGCGCACAAGGACCAAGUGGCAUGAUGGGACCCCCUGGAAUCCCUGGUUUGGAUGGUAAGAAUGGCCUCCCUGGAGUUCAAGGACCGGUUGGACCUCCCGGCGACCCCGCGCCUGCGUCAGGCGGUAAUGGUGGUGGGAUGCCAGGAGAAAGGGGACCUGCCGGACCUGCUGGUGCUCCGGGCAUGCCGGGUGAAAGAGGAGCACAUGGUGAAAGAGGUCCAAUGGGAUCUACGGGUCAACCUGGAUUAAAUGGAGUACCCGGCUCAGUUGGCCCAACAGGAAGCCCAGGACAGAGAGGACCAAGCGGACAACCGGGAUUACAAGGCGCUCCAGGAAGAAGUUUCUCUGAAGCUGAAUUAAGGGAUAUUUGUGCAUCAGUUUUGAGAGAUCGCAUGGAAGAACUAGUCGGUGGGUUAAGAGGUCCUCCUGGCGUCCCGGGAAUUGGCAAGCAGGGAAGAAUAGGCCGUCCGGGAAAACAAGGAAUUCAAGGUGAUCCUGGACGCCAAGGAUUACAAGGAGAACGCGGAUUCAUGGGACUUCCUGGGGUUCCUGGAGUUCGGGGACCUGAGGGACAAAAGGGAGAAAGAGGAGAUCAAGGAGAGCGAGGCCCAGAAGGUGUCGGAAUUGAAGGUCCACCCGGUGUUGGUCUUCCUGGCCCACGAGGUGAACCAGGAGCUCACGGAGCGCAAGGUCGUACUGGAGAAAGGGGUGACCAAGGCAUGAGAGGAAUCCCCGGCAGCAGAGGGAGUCCCGGGCCAAAUGGUCCUCCUGGCUUUUGCGAAUUUUGCAAUUUCCAACCUUCUGGUCAUUUGGGAGGAGGGACUAAAAAAGGUCCAUCACGCUGAACACGAUUAACAAUAGGUUACGUAAUUGUUUAUAUAUUUAUAAGAAACAGAUCCUUUUUUCAAUUAUCUACGUCACUGUGCGAAGCUUUAUCAUUAAUUUAUUCCUCUUAUCUAACAACAAUCACUGCCUUAGAAAAAAUGUAACAUUUCACUGCCUUUUAAUUUAAAAAUUAUGACUAAAUAUGUUUAUAUUACGCCAUAUUUUUUAUAUGCCACUUAUGAAUCAUUACGUUGAAUUAUGUUCAUAAUUUAUUUCAUACGCUGUAUACAAUUUUAUUACUUGACUUAACCUAAAGUAUAAAUGGUUGUUGACUUUUAUAAUUUAUAGUUGCAGAGAAAAUAAUUAUUGCGAGUCAAAUUUUGUAUGAAAUAAAAAUAUAUAUUUAUUGUUGAGUUAAAAACUGUAUUGGGUUUGUAUUAUAGCCUUCGAACACUUCACUAUGCGAAUAAUCUGGAAAUCAUACAUGUAGCUUCCCUGUGGAUGUGCGUUAUACCCAAUUCGAAUAUAUAUGUAUGUAUUUAUUGUUCAGUAAUAAAUUCUGCUUACAUUCAGGUUGAAAUAAAAGAUCAA